AUGGAUUAUUUGUUUGCAUAUCUUUUAUCUUAUUGUGUUCUUAUUAUUACUCUUCUUCUUGUUGUCAUUCUUAAAAGAUGUUUCUCAUUGCAGUCUCGAACUUCAAGAAAACUAACUCACCUUUUAACUGGUCCUUUUUUUGUUUUAACUUGGAAGUUCUAUCCAAGUACUUCUCUUUCUUGUUUUAUUGCUGCAACUAUUCCUUUUUCAGUUUCUCUCUUGUUAUUGUUGUGUUAUCUCUUCCAGAAAUUACCUUUAUCUCAGUUCAUCCUUCAAAUUAUGUCAAGAAAUAAAGAUCCUCAUGAAUUACUUGAAGGUCCUUUUAUUUAUGGGGUUGUUAUUUCUCUUAUUACUAUUCUUUUUUGGUAUGAUACCCCUGUUGGAAUUGUUUCAAUUAUUGUUUUAUGUUUGGGAGAUGGAAUGGCUGAUAUAAUUGGUUCUCACAGUACAAGAGUAAUUCCAGCUCCAUUUGGUAGAAAAACAUUUGGUGGGUGUUGUUCUUUUAUCAUCUUUAGUUUUAUUGGUUCUUUGGUCUUUGAAUAUAUAAUAUUUGAGAAAAUUUGGGUUUUUAACACCUUAGCUAUCGUUAGUCUUGGUUGUUGCAUUGAAUUUAUCUCUCCAUCGUUGUAUGAUAAUUUAACGAUUACAUUAACAACAUCAAUAAUAGCUUAUUUUAUUCAUUGGUGA